CGGAGGCGGCGCUGCAUCCGGUAGCCAUGGAGGAGGAGGAGGAGGCGGCCUCCGGGUCUCGGCCCGAAGCCGCGGAGGCUUCCUCCUCUCCCCCGAAGGCGGCCGAGACGGAGGAGGUGCGCGGGUGGAGUGAGGCGCAGUUCCGGCACUACAGCUUCGCCACGAGGCCCAUCGCCCGCCUGCGCCACGGAGACCCCCGCGCGGAGGAACUGCUGGAGAACGAGGAGCCGGUGGUGCUCACCGACACCAAUCUGGUUUAUCCCGCCUUGAAGUGGGACCUGGAUUACCUUCAUGAGAAUAUUGGGAGUGGAGACUUCUCGGUAUACCGAGCCAGCACCCACAAAUUUCUCUACUACGAUGAGAAGAAGAUGGCAAACGUGAAAAACUUCAAACCGAAGUCCAGCAGAGAGGAAAUGAAGUUCAGGGAUUUCAUGGCACAACUCCAGGAAACUGAGCAGCAGGGAAGCGGAGAAAGGUUAUAUCUCCAGCAGACCUUAAAUGACACGGUUGGCAGGAAAAUUGUGGUAGAUUUCCUGGGCUUUAAUUGGAAUUGGAUUAACAGACAGCAGACGAAGCGAGGCUGGGGUCAGCUGACAUCCAACUUACUACUGAUUGGCAUGGAAGGAAACGUGACACCAGCUCACUACGAUGAACAGCAGAAUUUCUUCGCUCAGAUUAAAGGAUACAAACGAUGUAUUCUAUUUUCACCAGACCAGUUUGAAUGCCUUUAUCCUUAUCCCGUGCACCAUCCAUGUGACCGGCAAAGCCAGGUUGACUUCGACAAUCCUGACUAUGAGAAGUUUCCUAAUUUCCAGAACAUAGUUGGCUAUGAAACCGUAGUUGGCCCAGGCGAUGUGCUUUAUAUUCCCAUGUAUUGGUGGCAUCACAUUGAGUCAUUGCUGAAUGGAGGAAUUACCAUCACUGUAAACUUUUGGUACAAGGGUGCUCCGACCCCCAAAAGGAUUGAAUACCCUCUAAAGGCUCAUCAGAAAGUGGCUGUAAUGAGGAACAUAGAGAAAAUGUUGGGGGAGGCGCUUGGAAAUCCACAAGAGGUGGGUCCCCUGUUGAAUAUGAUGAUCAAAGGACGGUAUGACUAAUCGUGGACUUCUGCAGGAUAUUGGAGCUGUUUCACCUAAAGGGGGAAGCUAUUAAGCGCUAAUAUUGCACACAGCACUUAAAAAACAGAUGGAUUGCCUGGUCCAGCUCUGAUCCACUCCACCCAUCUAGGGGAAUGACCAGAACUCCGAAAUGCUCCAUUCGUCACUCCUUCAACUUCACCAAACCUUAUAGAAUAAUUCAUCCUUACUAAGGAAGAACCCGUCACCAGUAACUCUUAUGUUCUCUGCCUAGAUACAACAGUUGGCACCUGGUACUUGAUGAUAUUUACUUGUGAUAGCACCUUUGUGAUCGCCUACAUAAGAAUUACCUAGAGGAACAAUUUUGAUUUUCUUCCUAUAUUUUCCGUGUUAGGAAUCAACAUGGAUAACUUCCAACUUUAAAUCAACUCAUAUCUAUUAAUUAGCAUAUUUUCUUAAAGGGCAACCUUCUCUUUGAUAUUGCAACUAAAGCCCGUUGAGGGAUACAGAAAAAUGAAGGACAUAAGAGAUGGAGACUUUUAAGAGCUUUUGAAUCCGUUGUGUCAUUUUGUCAUAAACAAUACAUUGAUUUCUAAUCCUAUCAAACUAGGCCAAAUGCCUAUGUAUAGAAAUUGACUUUUUUCCCCGCUCAGGAUGUUAAUAGAAUGGGACAAGCCAUAGCGAGUGCCCUUGGUCAAUAAAACCUGUUGUGUCAUAUUUUUCACUUAGCCAUGCAUGGUUUAAACUUCCUCAUUGCACUCUGCCUUCUCUAGGCCAAAUCAAGUGCCAGAUCAGUUGGUGAAGAGAGGAGAGUAGCAAGCCUUUCUUUCUUUUUUUUUUUUAAAUCCACUUUGAUCUUUCAUACGUCAGGAAAGAAAUACGAGUAUGGGCUUUGUAAUUGUAUUUCAUUAAGCUAGGAAUGCAGAUUUGAGAGUGUUAACUCCUAGAUAACCAAGGAAAAGUUUCUUCAUUUGCCACGAAGUCACUUUUCCAUGAGAGUUUUGAAGACCCACCUUGGGUCACAACACCUCUACAAAAACCGGAGUUUUUGGGAUCGUCUGCAUUCCUGUUUACUGUGAAUUCUAUACAGAGCUGAAGUAAUGUCUGAAGCCAGGAUUCUUGGCUUUUUUUGGGAAGGUGGAACCUGAAAAUGCCAUGCAGCUUUGUUAACAUUGUUACAAGUAAAGCCUUUGAUACAGGGGUGAAAUCUAUUUACCGUCCCUACUGGUUCGGAAGUGCAUGUACCACGCGCGCACAUUACAUUCACGCACGGACCCUCUGUACAUGCGCAAACCCUUCUGCACAUGCACAAAGGGUAAAAAACAGGUUACUUCCUGGUUAAAACCAGGAAGUAACAAUGACUGGGCGGGUGGGCGGAGCCUCACGCUGCCGUCACUACCGGUUCUCUGAACCACCCGCCGCCAUCACUAUCGAUUCAGCCAAACUGGUUCGAACUGGUAGCAUUUCACCCCUGCUUUGAUAUAGUUUUGAGCCACAAGGAGGCAACAGAAGACCAGCGCUCCUGAUGCUAUCACAUAUAGAUAGACCAGGAAGAAGGUGGCUUUCGGAGGGCAACGUUGGACUUAACAUCGAUAAAAUCAUUCUGCCUUUGGCUGAAACAAAGCAAUUCCUGUGUUUAGUCCUUGAUGUCAAAUGGCACUCCAGACUGGAACUGUGGAAUAUUGUGUAUAGAGAGCUUCAUGUAGAAAAGCCCAGUGUCUCAUUAGAAAGAAGAAGAUUGAAUUGAAAUGCAGCCUUCCAAUAUGUUUUUCUUUUUUUUUGCCAAAGGUGUAAAUUUGAAAACGUCUAAAAUAGUUGGUUUGGGAAAAAGAAAUACAUUGCACUUUAGUAGUGCAAAAUCUUAGUUUACAAUGCACUGAUAAAAGACAGUUUUAGGUACUGUUACUUUUGGGUUUUUUUAAUCUUGUGUUUUGAUGCCUGCUAUUGGAAAAAAAAUGUGUCUGUGAUGUGUGAGAAUAUGUGGGAAAUACAUAAUAUCUUCUGAAAUGUAGUUCUUAAAAUACAGCUACUGUUGAAUGACACAAA